AUGCCACCUCGCGCUUCACGACGUCAACCGCCCACCGUCCUCUGGCUCCCCCUCCUCCACCCCACUCGCUGCUCUCGCUUCGCCGCCGCCUCCCGCCUCGCGGCGUCGGCGUCCGCGCUCCGCCCCUUCGCCGCGAUCCUCCUCGCGGCGCUCCUCCCCGCCGCCUCCCAGGACCUCCUUUCCUGGUCCUUCUCCUACGGAAGCGCCAGCGGAAGCGCUCGCGUGUGCUACGCCGCGCUCCGGCUCGCGCUCCACGCGUUCCUCGCCGCGGGCAUGGCAGCCGAGGCGCUCCACGUGCUCGCGCGCGUCCGCAGCUCCGGGAAUACGCCCAGCCUCUCCGCGCUGGCGGCAUUGCUGCGCCUUCUAUUCCGCAGCGGGGAGGUCCGCGCUGCCUGGAACGUGUUCGAGGAAAUGGCCACGAGGGGCCCACGCCCGAGUCUCGCCAUUUUAAACGCCCUGAUCCUCGGGUUGUGCCACAGGGGGAUGCGGCGCGUUGUCUUGGGGCUGCUUGGGGUCAUGGGAAAGAAGUUCAGUAUCAUCCCGGACGUUGUCAGCUAUAACAUCCUCAUCAAGGGGCAUUGUGUGUUUGGGUGGUCAGGGGACGCCUUCAAGCUGUUUAAGGAAAUGUGCAGUUCAGGAUGUGAACCGACGGUCGUGACGUAUAACAUACUGGUGGAUGUUCUGUGCCAUGAGGGGAGAAUGGUGGAAGCGAGGAGGCUGUUCGAUGAGAUGGCACAGGUGGGGAUCAAAGAAAAUACAAUAACCUUCAAUGUCUUGAUCGAUGGAUAUGCGACUGGACGGAUGGAUGAGGCCAGCGCAGCCUAUAGGGAGAUGAAAGUGAGGGGACUAGUGCCAGAUUCCUGCACCUUUAACAUCCUUGCUGCUGGAGCAUACAAGUUUGGGCAUGCUACCCAGUUAGUCCAUGAUUGUGAAAUAUUUGGUUCACAGUUGCCGGUUGAUGGGUUGGAUGUGUUGGUCUGUAGGCUUUGUUGGGACGGCCGGUUGGAUGAUGCCUGGGAGCUUCUACGUGGUGCUAUUGAGCAGGGUGUUCCAGUUAGUGUUACUGGAUUUAAUGCAUUGAUCGCUGCUUAUAGCAAGGAGGGACUCCAUGAAGCUGCUUUUGAACUAUACAGAUUUAUGAACAAGGCUCAGGAUAUGAAUGGUGCUAUGAAUUUCAUGAAUAAGAUGUUAGCAGCUGGUUGUGAACCAGAUAUUUUCACAUAUAAUAUUUGGAUGCAUAGCCUCUGCAGCAACCAUAUGUUGAACCAAGCAGGGAAGGUGUUAGAUGAGCUUGUUGCUAGGGGUUGUCCUCCUAAUUCAGUUACAUACAAUACAUUGAUUGAUGGCAUUUGCAGUGAUGUUCUUGAUCGAGCUAUGAUACUGACUGGCAGGUUGAUUAAGAUGGCUUUUCAACCAAACACUAUCACACUUAAUGUUUUCCUUUCUCAUUUCUGCAAGCAAGGAUUUGGAAAGAGAGCCCUUAUAUGGGCUGAGAAGCUCAGGGAAGAUUCUUUUAUUUUUGAUGAUGCUAUUAGAAAUAUAAUUGACUGGGCACAAAGGGAAAUGGAGAAUGGUCCCCAGGUUAACAAUGAGGACAUAGAUAGGUGCCUGUUUCUCGAAUUCUUGAUGUUCAUGACAUAUGAGACUAUGCACAACAAUAGAUCCUCAAAGGCUAGACAUGUGCCUGCAGAUAAAUGUUUUGCUCCUGCUAGCAGCAACACGAUCAAGAUUUUGGAUACUGGUUGA